CCUCCAACUACAUUUCCCAGGAUGAACAGCGCGAAGUUGCCGGAAGUAGCUACGUGUUCAGUUUAGCGACACUCCAGGAAGCAUCUUCAGGGUUCUCGGAGGCAUAAACGAGCGUUGCUGCUUUCUCCUGCGAAGGAGUUUUAGCAAAAACAGCACCAUGUUGCCGACCACCUCGAGGGAGGGCAACGGUGCCCUGAGCUCCAGAGACGCUGCGCGGCACACAGCGGGUGCCAAACGCUACAAGUACUUGCGGCGGCUCUUCCAUUUCAAGCAGAUGGACUUUGAGUUUGCCCUGUGGCAGAUGCUUUACCUGUUCACCUCGCCACAGAGGGUCUACCGCAACUUCCACUACAGGAAACAGACCAAGGACCAGUGGGCCAGGGACGACCCCGCCUUCCUGGUGCUGCUCAGCAUCUGGCUGUGUGUGUCGACAGUGGGCUUUGGUCUGGUGCUGGACAUGGGCAUUUUGGAGACUGUGAAGCUGCUGCUGUGGGUGGUCUUCAUCGACUGCAUCGGAGUCGGCCUGCUCAUAUCCACGCUCAUGUGGCUGGUCACCAACAAGUACCUGCUGAAACACCCCAGUAAAGAUUAUGAUGUCGAGUGGGGCUACGCAUUUGAUGUUCACCUCAAUGCUUUCUACCCCCUGCUGGUCAUCCUGCACUUCCUGCAGCUCUUCUUCAUCAACCAUAUCGUGAUGAUAAACUCAGACUGGUUCCUGGGUUACUUUGUUGGAAACACUCUGUGGCUGAUAGCUAUCGGUUAUUAUCUCUACAUCACCUUUUUGGGGUACAACGCACUACCUUUCCUGAAGAACACAGUGGUGCUGCUGUACCCCUUCGCUCUCCUCAGCCUCAUCUACAUCCUCUCCAUCUCUCUGGGCUGGAACUUCACACAGGGACUUUGUUGGUUCUACAAGUACAGAGUCCAGUAGAGGCAGCACCACAUGCCAGUGGGACUCCAGUUGGCGGACUGGAAAUCAACUCUCAACUCACUCAUAGCGGACUCAUAUUCCCAGUUGGCUGUCAGUCAACAUGUGGUUGAGCGGUGCUAGCUCCUGGUUGACUCUCAGCAAACUGGGCCCCUGGGUGACUCUUGAGUCUCAGUUGACCCCUGGCUCUCUCGCGGUGGCCGGUUAACAGGUUCACUGCGGGUUGACUCCCAGUUGACUCCUAAUCGACUUCUAGUUGAUUUUCUGUUUGGCUCUCAUGUUGAGCUGCAACUGCAGUCAGCGGACAUUUGUUUUGAUGGGACUUGUUCUGAACCAGGAUGGGGGCAGAUGCAGAUACAGCUUUUACUGAUGUUCUUUUGUAUGAUUUGUAAAUAGUAUCGUGGCCGGUUGUAAUAUACACACCAUGGAUUGUUUCUGAAGAGGAAAAGCUUGCUUUUGGUUUUCAUAAAAAAAGACUGCAAAUAAUUUAAAUCCUGUUUAUUGAAGAGAAAAUGAGGGAAGAGGAGGAAAGUGGGAUGCAAAUGAGUGUGACAUUCUUUGGGGAUAGCUUUUUUCUUUCUCUUAAGUGUACAUUCCAUUGCACUUUCAAUAAAAAAGGUUUAUUAAUUAUCUUAAA